AUAAAUGGAGAAACCGCCGGAGCAGCAACUCGACGAAGAAAAAGCCCCCUCUCUCCGGAGACGGCAAUUGCUGAGAUGCUGCACAUGCGCCGCCGCCUCGCUCUUCUUCGUAGCCAUACUCGCCUUAGCCCUAGCCUUCACCGUGUUCCGAGUGAGGGGCCCGGUUUUCGUGCUGAACGGCUCCACCGCGAAGCUCGACCUCAUCCCCGGCACGCGCCUCCCGCGCCCGGGCUCCAACGCCACCAUACGCGCCGACGUCUCGGUGAGGAACCGCAACUACGCGUCGUUCCGGUACGGGAGCUCGGCGUCGGCGGUGUACUACCGCGGCGCGGCGAUCGGGGAGGCGCGGGCGCCGCCGGGGUACAUGGCGGCGCGGCGGACGGCGAGGAUGAACGUGACGGUGGCGAUCGUGAUGGAGCGGGUGCUGGCGCAGCCGGGCUUCGGGGAGGAUGUGGAGGCGGGGCGGGCGGCGAUGAGCUGGCGGGCGCGGAUUGGCGGGAGGAUGAAGUUUUGGUUUGUUAAAAAGCACGUGACGAUGAAGAUGAACUGUACGGCCACGGUUGAUGUUGUGAAGAUGGUAGUGGCGGAGUAUAAGUUUGUCGGUGCCACUGGAUUACGUGGUCGGGGUCGAUUUUGAGGGGCAAGUGGUGGUAGCUGCCGAUUUCCAGUGGGAGGAGGCGGAUUUCCAGUCCGAGGAGGCGGAUCCGAAGGAGGCGGAUUUUGAGGGGCAAGUGGUGGUAGCCGCCGUCGUCUGCCUUGGAUUCACCGUCGCCGAUUGGAAGAAGGAAUGAUCGAAGUGAAUCCUUGAGCUUGAGAGA